AUGGUUCUUGGGAAGGGCGUCGAUGAAGAAUGUUUAUCAUCUGUUAUGGAAGAGCUUGUUGUAAUAAAGCUGGUUUGCACAGCAGAACUGGAAGGAGGACUCGUGUCUUCCUGUGUUUGCGAAGAUGAAGUAGCAUCGUUUGUUUUGCUUGUGCCAGUUAGAAAGAACCCACUUGAAAGCCUCGAAGUGGGUAACCUUGACUUCAUUAACUUCGUUGUAUGGACGGCUGUGUAUGGAUCUUUUCUGUCCACCUCCUUGGAAUCCGUGAAAUCCGUCAUAGGUGACACCACCUUAGUUCUUUUGCUUGAAACUACGCUUUUAUAUGCUGUAAACAAAGUUGACCUUUCAUUGGUCCUGUAG